AUGACAUCGCAUGAAAACUAUAAAAUCUUCCGAGAAUGUCUCUCGAGCGCUAUUGUCGCGCGCUCCGAAAAACCGACGUCUAAACGCAGGACGAAAGUUAAGCGCAAUGGACGAAAAGAGGUGACCGUCACCAAGACCGAGGCCGUAUCCGAACGAGCAAACCCAGAGGAACUGGCUGAAUUCAUCGAUUUCAUCGCCUCCGAAACCUUUGACUCCUUCCCUGAAGAUCUGAAGACACUUUCCUACGCCGGGAUACAGCACGAUACCGAUCUUUCGAAAAAAUAUAUUCCACUCGAUAAAGACACGCCCCUCGACCGCGCGGUCCUUGACUCGAUAUGCACAGUAACUCCCGUCGAUGUAACAGACUCGUUAUCCGUCUACGGACUCAUCCCUGACUCGGCCGAUUUCCCGGAUUUCAUAUCCCCGGUUCUGUCAGAAUAUAUUAGUAGCGUGACGACUGGACCGCCGGCGUGGUCGACGACGAAGACAGAUGCAUGUGAAAUCUGCGAGCGGGACUGGAUCCCGUUAUCGUAUCAUCAUUUGAUACCGCGGGGUGUGCAUGCGAAAGUUAUAAAGAAAGGAUGGCAUGAUGAGUGGAUGUUGAAUAGUGUUGCGUGGCUUUGUAGAGCCUGCCAUAGCUUUGUGCAUCGGAUGGCAAGCAACGAGGAGUUAGCAAGAGAGUGGUUUACUGUCGAGAGGAUUAUGGAGAGAGAGGAUGUGAGGGAUUGGGCGAAUUGGGUUGGGAGGGUGAGGUGGAAGGCGACAUGA